AUUAAUACGAAAGUUAUUUCGUCUUUCGUCUGCGCUAGAAGGCGUCUUGGUGGUGUUCUACGGUUAGUGUUUUGUGUUUUUUGUUUUAAAGUUGAGAUAUGGGAGGAGUGAAAUAUGAAUACCCACAAACACGAAAAAAGAUUUUACAGGUGGUUCCUGUACUUUUUGGUUAUCUCAUUGGUAUAUCAUUUGGGAUGAUGCUAGGCUGGUCUUCGCAUGCCUAUCCAUUUCUCAUGGGCGACGAGUCACCCAUACCCAUAAGAUUGAACCAGACCGCUUUGAUAACUUCGUUUCUUUGGAAGGGCAAUUGUUUGGGAGCAUUUUUCUCCACCAGUAAGCGUUUGGGAGCAAAGCACGGGGUUCUCUUGGCCGCCACCCUCGAACUAGCCGGAUGGUUUGUGAUGUGUUGUGCUGGUAACCUCACGGAAAUCUUGAUAAGCCGAUUUCUUAUCGGUAUGGGGAACGGAUUCGGGAUUGGACAACUGAAAAUUUACAUCAGAGACACCUGCGAACAAGACAUCGCCGCCAAGUUGAACACCUAUCUGGCUUUGACUUCUCCCAUAGGAAUCUUGUUCACGUUCGUCCUGAGCGCCUUGGUGUCCUUUAGGACUGUGUCCGUUGUCUGUACUGUUUUUCCUUUUAUUGCCCUGGUUUUAUUCGGGUUCAUACCGAAGAAACCGAGGUAUAUGGAAAACAAAAGGGUGGCGGUAAUAAGGAAUAUCAUUGAUCCGGUGAAGACAGAGAAGAUUAUGGAGGUGACCAAGACCUACAGGCAUUACACGAUCGAAGAUCAACAACUUGGGGUGUUCGAAGCUUUGAGUGAUAGCUCUAUAAGACAUAGCAUGUUGAUUGUUACCAUCUUGGUGGUGGUUCAGAGGGUAUCGGGUGGACCCCCGCAUAUCAUAUUUGCUGAAUUAAUUUAUAGGGAGGCUGAAAAUCCCUACCCCCAAAUAUGUGUUAUAGUUUAUGGGUUUGUUUUUCUCGUUAUGACUACAAUUUCCUUGCAGUUUACCCAACGUUUUUCCAAAAAGAUUUUACUUGUCAGUAGCUUUAGUAUUACGUCGUUCCUGAUGAUGCUAAUGACUUUGUUUUUCUAUUACAAAAACGACGUUCUUCAGUUGAAUCGUAAUUUUUCGUGGUUACCUUUGGUGAUAGCUUUAUCGUUCAACGUUGUUCAUACUUUCGGUAUAAGGACGGUGUCGUUACUCAUAAUAAAGGACAUUUUCCCUGCCAACGCCAAGGAUUUUGCAGGUGGUGUUUACAUUACCGUGUUUUCGCUUAGUGCUUUGUUGAUAACCAAGAGUUUUCAAGAGCUCUAUUACCAUUACGGGGUACAUGCUGGGUACGUCUUGAUGACCAGUGUGGCUGGAGCCAGCGCCGUUUUUAUAGCCAUCUUUUAUAAACAAUCCCUGCCCGAAGACGAGUCCCAAAAGAAGGACAAUGGCAGUAAUAAGGAUGACAAAGAUAAAAACGUUUCUAUUUAUAUUACGAAAUUUUGACCCUUAUGUAUUACAAAGAAGGGUUUGAAGUGUUUCGCUGUCUGUCAAGGAUAAUAAUUGUUAUGAAGAUGUAGUAGUGGGGGUGAAAUCUGAAACAACGGCGGAAGAUAAAGCGACGAUGGUGAUGAUAAUGUUCCGUGAAUUAUUUUUUCAGUAUGUUGGGGGAAACCCAACUAGAAAAUCUUUUUCAAAUUGGCACCUCUGCUCAUCAGUUUCUACCAUAAAUGAAAGUAUUUUUCUUUUCUGAAUUCAGUUUUUGGAUUUUAUCGUGUUAUAAUUUUCUUAUUGGACUUGGCGUCUUCCAUAUGCAAUUGAAAAGUUACCUAUAAUGUGUGGGACACCCUGUAUAUAUUUGAAGUGACAAAUUUGUAUUUUAAAAAUGAACUAUGUACUUUCGUCUCUUGCUGUGUUUAAAUAAUAAGGAAAAUACUCUUGUUUUAUAAAAUAAAGUUAAGUAUUGAUGAAAUAAAAAUUAAAUAUAAUUAAAUAAAAAAAAGAUUGUGUACUUAAUUUAAAGGGGCUGCUUAUGACACGUUCUAUUAUCGUUCUAUUAGGGGUAGCAGAUAUCUUCUGGUAACUAUAUGAAGAAUUGCAAUGGUUUUCUAGAAAAGAACUACGUACAGGUACCUAUUCUAGAAUCUCAUGAUAUUGGCAUUGGAGUUCUCCUUUAGCCUUUCGCGCAAAUGUCACAGGGUCGUGUGUCAUGAA